CCCCCAACCGCCCGCACUCACCGGAGCAGCAGGCAGCGGCGAGCCGGCGAGGCGAGCUGGUUUUGCUUUGUGUGUGUGCUCUGUUUCAAGAAACAGGGGAGGAGGAGAUGGUGGUGGGGUGGUGGUGGUGGACGUGGCGUGGGGUGGCCGUGGCUGUGGCGGCGGCGUGCCUGGUGGCUCACGUGGCGGCGAGGGUGGCGGACGCGCUGUGGUGGAGGCCGAGGCGGCUGGAGGCGCACUUCGCGAGGCAGGGGGUGCGCGGCCCGCCGUACCGGUUUCUUGUCGGGUGCGUGAGGGAGAUGGUGGCGCUCAUGGCGGAGGCCACGGCGAAGCCCAUGUCGCCGGCCGCCGCGCACAACGCGCUCCCCAGGGUGCUCGCGUUCUACCACUACUGGAGGAAGAUCUACGGGCCGACGUUCUUGAUAUGGUUCGGGCCGACGCCGAGGCUGACGGUGGCGGAGCCGGAGCUGGUGCGGGAGAUCUUCCUGACGCACGCCGAGGCGUUCGACCGCUACGAGGCGCACCCCAUCGUCCGGCAGCUUGAGGGCGACGGCCUCGUCAGCCUCCACGGCGACAAGUGGGCGCACCACCGCCGCGUCCUCUCCCCCGGCUUCUACCCCGAGAACCUCAACCGGUUGGUCCCGCACGUCGGCAGGUCGGUGGCGGCGCUGGCGGAGAGGUGGCGCGGGAUGGCAUGCGCCGCAGGUGCCGGAGGCGAGGUGGAGGUGGACGUGGCGGAGUGGUUCCAGGCGGUGGCCGAGGAGGCCAUCACGCGCGCUACUUUCGGCCGCAGCUACAACUCCGGCCGCGUCGUGUUCCGCAUGCAGGCCCGCCUCAUGGCCUUCGCCUCCGAGGCCUUCCGCAAGGUGCUCGUCCCUGGAUACAGGUUCCUGCCGACCAAGAAGAACCGGCUUUCAUGGGGUCUGGACAGGGAGAUCAGGCGCGGCCUGGUCCGACUCAUCGGCCGACGCAGCGGCGACGCCGGCGAGGAAGACGAGACUACCGAGCUCAAAGACAAGGACAGCGGCUUCAACGACUUGCUGGGGCUCAUGAUCAAUGCCGGCGUCAACAAGACGAUGCCGGUGGAGGACAUGGUGGAGGAGUGCAAGACCUUCUUCUUCGCCGGCAAGCAGACGACCACCAACCUGCUGACCUGGGCCACCGUGCUUCUCGCCAUGCACCCCGACUGGCAGGACCGCGCUCGCCGCGAGGUCCUCGCCGUCUGCGGCGACGCCGGCGAUCUCCCGACCAAGGAGCACCUCCCCAAGCUCAAAACGCUCGGGAUUAUCCUGAACGAGACGCUGCGGCUGUACCCGCCGGCGGUGGCCACCAUCCGCCGCGCCAAGGCCGACGUCACCCUCGGCGGCAUCUCCAUCCCGCGCGACACGGAGCUGCUCGUCCCGAUCAUGGCGAUCCACCACGACGCCAGGCUGUGGGGCCCCGACGCCGCGCAGUUCAACCCGGCUCGGUUCGCCGGCGGCGCCGCGCGCGCGGCGAGGCACCCGCUCGCCUUCAUCCCCUUCGGCCUGGGCUCCCGCAUGUGCAUCGGCCAGAACCUCGCCCUCCUGGAGGCCAAGCUCGCCAUGGCCAUCCUCCUCCAGCGCUUCGACCUCGCGCUCUCCCCCAACUACGUGCACGCGCCCACCGUGCUGAUGCUGCUCUACCCGCAGUACGGCGCGCCGUUGAUCUUCCGGCCGCGCCAAUCCCAGCCGUUCGAUCAGCAACACUAGUAGCUUGAGCUAGGUAAAAUGACAGGAAAGCCCCUGUCCGUUGUGUGUGCAUAGUGACAGAAAAAAGGCCAAGAGACAACUAACAGAAGGCUCUGUCAGUGGCAGUGCUGGAUUCCGAAAAUGCCCUUGCUAACAGACUAGUACUAGUAGGAUCAGAGCACAACUUUUAGGGAUUUGAUGGGUCAGAACUCUCUCAGAAGAGAAGAAGGAACAGUGACAGUAGAGUAGAGUAGCCCCACAUCCACUGCUCGGUUGCUUCCAUUUGUUCUCUUCUCCUUUGCAUGGAUUCUGGUGUAGCAUGUAUCGAUCAAUGUAUGUACAGGUGUGUGAUUAUUUUUGUUGGAGACGCCCAGCACUUCACAGCAAAAGAGAGUUCUACUAGUAUUUGAAAAACACGCACAGGAAAACAGACACAGAGAGAUAUUUGAUAUAUUUGCCUGUACACGGUAUUCCAGCCUUGUGCUCCUCUCCUUUUUUAGCGUGUGGUCGGUGUGGUUUGUUGGGUUGACAAACAGUCAAGCCUGCUCCUCUUAUUUUAGCACUAGUUAAGAGUGUUCGGUUUCAUUUGCAGACCAGAACACAAACCAUGUACUACUUACAAAUGACAGGUUUCAGCUUUUCCCUGGAUUAAUUAUGUAGUAGUAGCAGCAGCAUUAGCGAUUUUUAUCAUGCAGGCCAUAUAGAGAAGAGCGUGUUCGUGUUUUAAUUUCUUUUUCGUGGAUUUAAUUUCUUUUUCGUGGAAAGUAGC